GAGAAAUUCAAAUCCCCAAAACGAACCUUCCAAAAGUCGAAACCCCACCUCGCCGGAGCACUAGGCCGCCGGUCAGCGAGAGGACUCACUUCCGUUCCCCGUCACCCGGAGGCCUGCCUCGGGUGAGAGGGAGAAGGGGAUGGAGUUCACGGAGCCGUACAAGCAGACGGGCCCAUGCUGCUUCUCCCCCGACUCGCGCUUCCUCGCCGUCGCCGUGGACUACCGCCUCGUCGUCCGGGACGUCCUCUCCCUGAAGGUGGUACAAUUGUUUUCAUGUGUGGACAAGAUAAGCUCUCUAGAGUGGGCUCCAGAUUCAGAAUAUAUUCUAUGUGGACUUUACAAGCGGCCCAUGGUUCAGGCCUGGUCACUGAGCCAGCCUGACUGGACCUGCAAGAUCGAUGAAGGUCCUGCGGGGAUUGCACAUGCUCGCUGGAGCCCUGACAGUCGUCAUAUACUCACUACAUCCGAGUUUCAGCUUCGUCUCACCGUGUGGUCUCUCGUAAAUACAGCAUGCGUGCAUGUCCAGUGGCCGAAGUAUGCUUCUAGAGGUGUUUCUUUUACCAAGGAUGGGAAGUUUGCUGCAAUCUGCACCAGGCGUGACUGCAAGGACUACAUAAAUUUGCUCUCAUGUCAUUCCUGGGAGAUAAUGAGUGUCUUUGCUGUUGAUACAGUAGACUUAGCUGGUGUUGAGUGGUCACCAGAUGAUAGUGCUAUUGUCGUCUGGGAUUCACUUCUUGAAUACAAGGUUCUGAUAUAUUCGCCUGAUGGUAGGUGCCUGUUCAAGUAUCUAGCUUAUGAAAGUGGGUUAGGUGUGAAAUCUGUUGCUUGGUCACCAUGUGGACAGUUUUUAGCAGUGGGCAGCUAUGAUCAAGUAGUGCGUACUUUGAACCACCUGACAUGGAAAACUUUUGCGGAGUUCACACAUACAGCCUCUAUUCGAAGUCCCUGUAAUGCGGCUAUAUUUAAGGAAGUGGAUGACCCGUGGCAGCUCGAUAUGUCAGAGUUAUGUCUUAGUGAAGGCUUCUCUCGUAACAUGCAAGACAAUGGUGCUGAAAAUGGCACUGAGGGAGGAGGUUCUAGAGUAAAAUAUUCUGUGAUGGAUGUUCCCAUUACCUUACCUUCCACGAAACCAGCUACUGACAAGCCCAACCCGAAACAAGGAAUUGGUAUGCUAUCAUGGAGCAGCGACAGCCACUAUUUCUUCACCCGGAACGACAACAUGCCGACUGCUCUUUGGAUAUGGGAUAUCUGCCGCCUUGAGCUUGCUGCUGUGCUUGUGCAGAAAGACCCAAUCCGUGCUGCCGCUUGGGACCCUACCUGCACACGCCUCGUUCUGUGCACGGAGAGCUCUCACCUGUACAUGUGGACACCGUCCGGUGCCUGCUGCGUGAACAUCCCCUUGCCGAAUUUCCGGAUCGUCGACUUGAAGUGGAAUUCAGAUGGGAGCUGCCUACUCCUGAAGGACCGCGAGUUUUUCUGCUGUGCUGCAAUCGUAUCUGCCCUGCCUGAGGAAGGACCUGAUCGAUCUGAUGAAAGUUCUGAAGAUGAUGAAUGAUCUCUUCGUACGCGUAGCUUCUGCCUAGUGGAACUGUAGCCGGCAAUGGAGAGAGCUACGCUGUAUGACAUACUAGCAGUAGGUGAAUUUGGGGCACCAACUUACUGUAAUCGGUGGAGGAAAGAUGAAUGCUUCAUUCGUCUCAAAACUCCUAUAGAUGAUGCUACCGUUCUAGGUCAUAUUUCCGUGUAUUACCUUCUAGAUUCGUUGAACCUGGUCAAUUCUUUUGAUGUAGAAAGUAUGAAGCAAAUCUCUGCAUAUGAACUGUGCAAGCCAUAAGACGUGCCGUCAUGUUUUAUGCAAGUAAAAACAAACAUCUUUUUUUUA